AUGGCCUCAAGAGGGAUCAAGUAUGUGGACUGCUAUGGAGUCGACAAUGCACUGGUUCGUGUAGCUGAUCCAGCUUUUUUGGGAUAUUUCAUUGAUAAAGGUGUAGCGGCUGCUGCAAAAGUUGUCCGUAAGGCAUACCCCCAAGAAAAGGUUGGUGUUUUUGUAAGGCGUGGUAAAGGUGGACCUCUCACUGUGGUUGAAUACAGUGAGCUGGAUCAGUCUCUGGCUUCUGCUAUCAAUCAACAAACUGGACAUGAAAAAUUCAAAUCAUUGAUUGCCAGAAGUUCUUACCAUCUAGCUGAGAAAAAAAUUCCUUCUAUUCAUGGCGGCACAAUGGGAUUAAAACUAGAGCAAUUCAUAUUUGAUGCAUUCCCAUAUGCUCCCUCAACUGCUCUUUUUGAGGUACCACGUGAAGAGGAGUUUGCACCAGUAAAAAAUGCCAAUGGGUCAAAUUUUGACACUCCUGAGAGUGCUCGACUACUUCUGCUUCGACUACAUACUCGUUGGGUGGUUGCUGCAGGCGGCUUUUUGACACAUUCAGUGCCUUUAUAUGCAACUGGUGUGGAGGUAUCACCACUGUGCUCUUAUGCUGGAGAAAAUCUAGAAGCCAUAUGCCGGGGAAGAACAUUUCAUGCACCUUGUGAGAUUACAUUCUAG